AUGGUGCAGUUGAUGAACGGCGACGGAUCGGACUCGCCGGCCGAAACAAUGGCGGUGGUGAAGAUGGAGGUGGAGGACACUCUGGAAGAGGACGACGCUCCACUUCACAAGCGUCCUAAACAGCAUAGUUUGGUAACGGGUGGUUUGAUAGUACCCCCCACGCAGUACAACCCUCUUGAUGAGCCGAGCCCGUUGGGCUUACGUCUCAGGAAAAGCCCGUCGCUUUUGGAGUUGAUUCAGAUGAAACUCUCCCAAUCAACCUCACGUAGAGUUGGGAAUCAGGGUAGGAAAGAGGCUUCAAAAGCGUCUGCUGAUAAGCUGAAGGCCUCUAAUUUUCCGGGCUCACUUCUUAGAAUCGGAGCGUGGGAGUAUAAAUCGAGACAUGAAGGGGACUUGGUGGCGAAAUGUUAUUUUGCGAAGCAUAAGCUUGUGUGGGAAGUUCUUGAUGGGGGUCUGAAGAAUAAAAUCGAAGUUCAGUGGUCAGAUAUUAUGGCGUUGAAGGCGAAUUACGAGGAUGGUGGUCCUGGGACUUUGAAAGUUGUGUUGGCUCGGCAACCGCUUUUCUUUAGGGAGACUAAUCCACAACCAAGGAAACACACACUUUGGCAGGCAACAUCAGAUUUUACUGGUGGACAAGCUAGUAUCCAUAGGCAACACUAUCUGGAGUGCCCACAAGGCCUACUGGGAAAGCAUUUUGAGAAACUUACACAAUGUGAUCCCCGCUUAAACUUUCUCAGUCAGCAAGGAGAGAUUAUACUAGAUUCUCCAUAUUUUGAACCCAGAAUAUCCGUGUUUGAUGACCAGAACGAAAACAGGGACACUUUCGAUUUGAAUGAGGACGGAAGUUCUUCAUUUUUCAGCUUACAAGAUGCGACUUCACCUUUGGGGGCUCAAUCUUCUUCCUCAAAAAAUGAUACUGAUGCAACUGGCGGGCUCUCAGGAUCAUCCUACCCUCGUGAAACACCAUCUCCAGUCUCAGCCAUAGGCACGCCAACAGUGAACGACAUGAAGAACAGCCUAAACAUGGAGCAGCAGCUGAAAGAGCUCGGGAAAUUAGAGCAGAUCACGAUACCUGGGCUCUGCUCGUCCAUGUCGAUGAGCGACCUGGUGGGGCACCUCGAGAGCCGCAUCUCUGAGCAGCCCGAAAACCCUACCCUUUCGAGCGAGGAGUGGCAGAGCCUCGAGAUUCUAAACGACAUCAAUCGAUGCCUCUUCACUGAUUCCCAGAUUCCGCCCGGCUUGGACAUCGAGAAAUCGCUUGUUACUAGGGUCAACUCCCUCUGCUGUCUUCUCCAGAAGGACACCAACAAUCAGAAUCCUCCCCCUGAAAACGAGAAGAAGGUUGAGGUCGUGAUUGAGGGGGACAUGGGCCCGGAUAUGCCGAGGAAGGACUCAUUAGGGGACCUGCUGCUGAACCUGCCGAGGAUAGCCUCUCUGCCUCAGUUCGUGUUUAAUAUCUCCGAGGAUUUCGAGAGUAGGCCCGUGUGA